AAAAUUUAAGUCAGAGAUCAUAGCUCCGGCACAAGUUUCGCCGAUCUGCUCAACUUUUCAACACCAGACAUGUAUUGAUCAAGCUAAUAAUCCUAACCAAGACUGCAUAUAUCUCAACUUUUCAAGAUUGCAUCUUUUUUCAUCGGUAAUAAUCCAUUUCAAAUUACAAAACUCCACUCUUGUAGUUUGAAGCUGACUAUCGUCACUUUCCGCCGUUUCAAAUUUUGGUAAAAUCCAAUGCCAAUGCCAGUUGACAGACUCGUCUCAUCUCCGCGCUCUCCAGAACACCAAGCUCUUCUCCGAGCUGGGCCUCGUAUUCGACCACUUAAACAAGUCCACGCUCACUUCAUCGUCUCAGGUUCCCUCCGCAGUCUACCUCUCCUUACCAAGCUACUCACUUUGGCUUGCACUGCCGGCUCAAUCGCUUACACUCACCGUCUCUUCUUCUCUGUUCCCAACCCUGACUCCUUCCUCUUCAAUUCCCUCGUCAAAACUUCAUCCUUUUCGGGGUUUCCUUUCGACACAGUCUAUUUUUACCACCGCAUGCUACAAUGUCGUAUCUCGCCUUCCAGUUACACCUUUACUUCCGUGAUCAAGGCGUGUGCCCAUCUCUCGACUCUGAGACUUGGUAAACGUGUUCAUUCACACGUUUUGGUUUGUGGGUAUGGCUCCGAUCCCUUUGUUCAGGCUGCUCUCAUUACUUUUUAUGGUAAAUCCGGUGAUUUGGGUGUUGCCCGGAAACUGUUUGAUAAAACGCCUGAAAGAACUGUUGUGGCUUGGAACUCGAUGAUAUCGAGUUACGAGCAAAAUGGGUGUUCAAGAGAAGCUAUUGGGUUGUUUAAUCUAAUGCGAGAACGGGGUGUUCAACCUGAUCCAACAACAUUUGUGAGUGUGCUCUCUGCUUGUUCUCAGUUGGGAGCUCUUGGUUUAGGCUAUUGGGUUCAUGAUUAUAUUAUUGAAAAUGAACUAUAUGUAAAUGUAGUUCUUGGAACUUCAUUGAUCAACAUGUAUGCUAGAUGUGGGAAUGUGAGCAAAGCCCAAGAGGUUUUCGAUUUGAUGAAUGAAAGGAAUGUCAUUGCUUGGACAGCUAUAAUCUCUGCUCAUGGAAUGCAUGGUUAUGGCAAUCAAGCUAUGAAACUCUUUCUUCAGAUGAAAGCUGAGGGUCCACGCCCAAACAAUGUCACAUUAGUUGCAGUUUUGUCAGCCUGCGCUCACUCGGGGCUAGUUCAGGAGGGGCGAAAGGUGUAUGCAAGCAUGAGCCAAGAGUAUGGCUUAGUUCCAGGAGUUGAGCACCAUGUUUGCUUGGUUGAUAUGCUGGGGCGCGCUGGACUUCUAACCGAAGCUUAUCAAUUCAUUAAAGACCUCAACUAUCUAGAGCCAGCUCCGGCUAUUUGGACAGCCAUGCUGGGAGCUUGCAAGAUGCAUAAGAAUUUCAUUCUAGGAGUAGAAGUUGCUGAGCAUCUUUUAGCAGUUGAACCAGAUAAUCCUGGCCAUUAUGUAAUGCUCUCUAACAUAUACGCUCUAGCAGGAAGGAUGGACCGAGUUGAAAUAGUUAGGAAGAUGAUGAAUCAGAGAAGGAUGAAGAAGCAAGUGGGAUUCAGCACCAUAGAAGUUGAUCAUAAAACCUAUUUGUUUAGCAUGGGAGACAAGUCCCACCAUGAAACAACUGAAAUUUAUCAGUAUUUGGAUGAACUGAUGUCGCGUUGUAGUGAACUCGGUUAUGUACCAGCGCCCAACUCGGUUCUACAUGAACUAGAAGAAGAAGAGAGGGAGUAUGCUCUAAGGUACCAUAGCGAGAAGCUUGCAAUCGCAUUCGGUUUGUUGAGAACUGGCCAUGGUUCGAUCAUCAGGAUUGUGAAGAACCUUAGAAUGUGUGAGGAUUGCCAUUUAGGUAUAAAGUACAUGUCGACUGUGACCAAAAGGGAGAUUAUUGUUAGGGACAAACUUCGGUUUCAUCACUUCAAAGAUGGCCAUUGCUCAUGUUUAGAUUACUGGUGAGCAAUGACAGUAUGUGCUUAUGCUUCUCCAUACCAAACUUUGAGUUUGAUAUAAUAUAAACCAAAUAUUUUGCAUGAGGGAAUUAUAGGGUAUUUGUCCCUUGUUACUCAUUUUGGGCAUUAUCAAAUCAUUAUUUUGUAAUUAAUUGUAUAUAGUUUUAGCCACUAAUCACAUGUAAAAUCACAUAAAUUGAGAGAGAAUUUACUAGACUCAA